CCCAGUCACUCCAUCCUCUCCGUCCCUCCAUCCCCCAGACAUCCACCAUCCUCCGAUAUCAUCGCUUCGGAGCCGAUCGAGGCUCAUAUUUGUCUUCUACCAGGUGAUAGCUAGCGCCUGCAGUUUGGACCCUUCCCGACCCGGCAUCCCUUUUUGCCCAGCCAGAUCGGUAUCAGGGCUGUCCGCGUCAUCCUCGGUCCAGCAUGGAUGUUGUACGGUGCUCCCUUGGCACCCUCCUAUAACAACCACGGCAGCCGGGAUCGCAACGGGUGAGACUCCCGCGUGGCGGAGCACGGACUUGAAUACGACCAGCCAUGGCACCACAACGGGGACGUGCCAACGGGCGCGAAUCAAACGGCACUCGUCGCAGCUCAUCACCUUCCCAGGAGGCCGAGGAGCCUUUGGCCACUGCCGCUUGCGAAAACUGUCGCACACGCAAGGUCCGCUGCGACCGGCAGAUCCCCCAGUGCUCGAAUUGCCUGAAGGCCGGGGUGCCUUGCGAGUUUCCAAAUCGGGGGAAACGGAUCAAUCAUGUCAAGCAGCUUGUGGAGGAUGUCUCGGGCCUCGCUUCUCGUCUGGAUUCUAUCGACCAGGCGAUCAAUACCCUCGUGCAGAAUGUGUCGGCGCUACAAGCUGCCUCUGUGGCGGCUACAGAUUCGUCGCGAUCCAGCACGCUGCUUCUUCCGGAGCUCUCUCCAGGCCCGGAUGUGGAAGAAAUGGAGUCAAUCUUCUAUGCCAGCUACUGGGACGGCGGUAAUCGAAGCAAUCCCCGGGGGGUCAUCUCAUCUCCCGCAGGACGGGACAAGUCCUUGGGUCAUAUUGGCGCGCGAUCAUUGUUUGAGAAUUCUCGACGAACCCUAGCCAGUCUACUCGAGCAGAUGCGGAAUGCGGGUGUUGAGGAUCAGGAUUCCAGCGCCCACAAAGGACGGGCCGUGUUGUUCGCAUCGCCGGAGGCCGGCGCCCUUCAAUCCACGUUACAGACAAAAUACGAACUAUAUCCCUUCACGAAAGGUCUCCACCUUUCUCCAAUCACCGGGGAUGGGCAAGCAGUGGCAUCGCCACCGCGCUCACUCCUCGAGACAUGUCUCCCUGUUUACCUCGAGCACUUUAAUGUCACGAUACCCGUGUUCAACGAAUACUGCUUGAAAGAGGCGAUCAAUUCCUACUACACCAAUGGAUCGUCCCGGUCGGACGAAGCGUACCAUUUAUGUUUCAACAAUAUCAUCGUGCUCGCUCUGGGGUUACGCUCCCGCCUCACCCGCAUGGAUCGCACCUGUCCCAAGGGCAUGAGUGAUGAGUUACUUCCUGCCUUCCUAAACAACUCUUUCCGAGCCUUUCAACGGCUGAGCACUUUUCAGCAACCCCGUCUGGUCUGCGGUCAAGCCUUGGCUACCCUAGCCAUGGUGGCUCGGGAAUACCAUGAAAGCCGGGUGUUCGAUACGGUUUGCCACGCUACGUCCCAGGCCGUCAAGUCCAUGGGACUGCAGCAGUGUAAUUCUGGAAAUGGCAGCCUCUCGACGGCGGAUGAGGAGCGACGCGAUCUGUAUUGGGCCGUCUUCGUCAUGGACAAGCAGCGCACCUACAUGGCGGGCCGACCGUUCGACCUGCACUUUUAUGAUUCCGACGUGCAGCUCCUGCGCACCAUGGCGGGCCAGAGCUUGGUGCAGCACUACCGGACGGCCCACGUCCACAUGAUGGCGGUGUGGGAAGAGAUCUACAUUUAUCUAUACUCGGCCCGAGCCUUCCGGCGCGGCCCCGCCUAUCGCCAGAGUCAGAUUGCCAAGCUGGACAGCAUGACCCGCAGCUGGUACGCCCGCAACGGGUCGCUGCUGACCCAAUCGAGCUCUGAGAUGUCCGCCCUCGAGGGCUGGCGCAUUGAGUUAAAAUACGCCUUUCACAUCGGCCAAGUGUUGGUGCAUCGGUUUUCCAGCGACCAAAGCAGCCAGCACGUGGCCUUGGCCAAUUCGCGGGCGGCCCUCCGCACCAUCUGCGAGGUGUUCCAGACCAAGCAGACCGAAGCGUCCAUCUCGCUGCUUGCUCGGUUGUUCCGACACUACCCGCAGGUUAGCAUUCAUGGGCUUUUUGCGUCGUUUCUGGCCCAUCCGACGGCCGAUCUGUUGGAGGAUUUGGAUUUGAUUGACGGUGUCGCAGAGGCUCUGUCCCCUCUUUGCGAUGCGAACCUGCCGACAUCUUGUCUGCAUCAGGUGAAUGAGGGUAUUCAGUGGUACCGCGACAUUGCCAAGUCUUUUCAGGAUCAUUUUGAGGCCCUGCCAUCGCGUUCUCCUGACCUGUAUCCAUUCGCUUCGACUCGGGGUCAUGAGACGUCUCCGACUGCGUCCCGAGCCCCAUCCCACCGCGCGCGGUCAGACUCCCCCCCUCAGAAGCGCCGUAGGAUGUAUCCGACGAAUUUUGAUGAUGGGAAUUUCCUUGCGGCAGCGACUAAUCCGGACUCAUCUACCGCAUCCUGGACAGUCCCCGACGAAAGAACCGUGACGUUGAACAGCCUAUCGCUCCCGGCUUCGAACGGGUCGGUGCCUCGCCUCUCAUCCACUGAGGAGCACGAUCAGAGCAGUCGGCGCAGCAGUAGCAGUGGGAGCAUGCGGCCUAUCCGAGCGGACGACGAGUUGUCAAAAUUUCUACAGGACGCGUUGCCUAUGCCCUCUGCCUCCCGAUGUCUGUCAUCCCCAGGCAUCUUGACGGCUAUGGGGGAUGCCCCGUCUAUACCGCUACCCAUGAACUUCUUCCCGUCAACCCCGCAGGGGGUUGAGGAGGGACUUGAUGGAGGACUGUAUCCGUUUUUUAUUCCUGACCAGGACAUGACAGAGGCAUGGAAUGGUGACCUGCGGGAUUUGACAGUUCCGGAGGAGUUUUUUCUUCCGGCUUCGUGAUGCUCUCAGCAUUUCUAGCGAAAUAUACUGUUGAAUAUUAAUCUUCAUAGUAGAAGGGCUUGUAAUUCGAAAAUACUUGUCUUAAUAUAUCUAUAUCCUGCAAU